AUGGAAUAAAAGAUUGUCUUCAAGGAAGAGGCUAGAAAAGAUUUCUUAGAUGCUGAUGGAAAUGUUGACUUCUAAAAAGUUUAAGCUAGAUGGAAUGAAUUGGCUAAAGUCAAAGUGAGUUUGGGAAACAAAUAUUUCACUCCUGAAGUUGUUGAAUAAGUUAAGAAGUUGUCAGCAGCUGAUUAACACCGUUUCUUAGAUGUCAUGAUGGGUGGAUUGGCAAAUGAUGAUAGCUCAGUUGGUGUCUAUGCCACAAGACCUGAAGAUUAUGACGUUUUCUCCUUCUAUUUAUAACCAUUAAUUAGAGAUUAUCAUAAAAUCGAAGGUGAAACCAAAUAAGAGCAUGAUUGGAAUAUCCCAGUCGAUGAAUAUUUAUUGACUAAAAUUGACCCAAAACUUGAGAAAGUAUCCAUGAGAGCAAGAGUUGCUAGAAAUGUUAAAGGAUGGAAUUUACCUCCUUUGAUGAGCAAAGAAGAAAGAAUCAACUUUGAAAAUAAGAUGGUUUAAGCUUUUGAAAACUUUGAUAUUAAAGGAAAAUAUCAUAGUUUAACACCAGGUCACAAGAACCAAAUCACUCAAGAAUAAGCUGAUGAAUUAAUUAAAAGACAUUUCUUAUUUAAUGAUAUGACCACAGACAAUCAUUUAACAUCUUCAGGUGUUGCUUCUGAUUGGCCAUAUGGAAGAGGUAUUUGGAUUAGUGAUGAUGAAACUAAAAUGAUUUGGGUUGGUGAAGAAGAUUAAUUAAGAAUCAUCUCUAUUGUUUAAGGAAAUGAUUUAGGAAAAGUCGAUUAAUCACUCUAUUAAUUACUUACAGGUAUUGAAAAGAGUGGACUUGAAUUUGCUGAACAUCCAGUUUAUGGUGUUGUCACAACAUGCCCAACCAAUAUGGGAACAGGAAAGAGAUAAUCUAUUCUUGGUAAAUUCCCAAAUAUCACAAAUGGAGGAAAAGAUGAGAAGAAACUUAAAGAUAUUGCUAGAUAAUUUGGAUUAUAAGCAAGAGGAAUGGGAGGUGAACAUUCAGCUAUGGAUCAUGAAGGAACUGCUGAUAUUUCCCCAUCUGCUAGAUUUGGAGUCACUGAGGCAGUUGUCACAAGAAGAUUAUAUGAAGGACUCAUCAAACUUUAUGAAAUUGAAGCCUAAUUAGGAAAGGAAUAAUAACAAGCCUGAGUAGUAUAUCAUAAAUACAUAAUAUAAAUACAUUUCAUUA